AUGGCCUCCAAGCGUAACCCACAGUCGUCGCUUCGGCGCUUCUUCGGGCAGGCCAUCGAUCACUUCGACGCUUUACCAAGAUUCAUGGACCAAAUCACAGUCAGCAUGCUUCGAGGCUUCUGGGGACGACAUGCUAGAGCACAACUACUGUUGAUUGGGAACUUUUUGGAGCUUCUGUUCCUGCUAUCAUCAGAUCCUGAUGAAGUAAAGGGCUCAUACGCGAUACUGGAGCGAUUUCAUGCGUCGCUACACAGGCUGACCGAGAUGGGCAAUGAGGAUACCAUGACGCUCAUCAGGCCUGUCGCAAUCCGCAUCGAUUCGUUCUUCACUCAGGCAGCAAACAUGAUGAGAGAGAGCACCCGAGCGGGAUCACACCUGGGCUCAAUCAUUCUAGACACUACACCAUGA